GUAGAGGGGCGAAGCCUGAUGGGAGGCAGGUAGCAUUUCAUCCCUUUCCGCCCAAUACGUCCGCGCACCCAGCCAGACCGAAAUAAAUUUGAAAUAGACCGGCUAUGAUUUAGGCCGGUCCAGUCCGAUCCGACCGAGGCACCGAAUGUCCCUCGCAAUAAAUCGCAGGAUCCCAAACCCUUCCUAGGCUUGCCAUUUCAUAUUGCUUCCUUCGAAACCUAGCCGCAAGAGAGGAGCAGAGGGAGGGGGAGAGAUGCCGGCCGGCCAUGGGCUCCGAGCGAGGACGAGGGAUCUCUUCUCGCGUCCCUUCAGGAAGAAGGGGUACAUCCCGCUAACGACGUACCUCCGGACCUACAAGAUCGGCGACUACGUCGACGUCAAGGUGAACGGCGCCGUCCACAAGGGAAUGCCCCAUAAGUUCUACCACGGCCGCACUGGUCGCGUCUGGAACGUCACCAAGCGCGCCAUCGGCGUGGAGAUCAACAAACAGGUUGGGAACCGAAUCAUUAAGAAGAGGAUCCAUGCGCGCGUGGAGCACGUGCUGCCUUCCAGGUGCACAGAAGAUUUCCGCUUGAGGAAGAAAAUGAACGACCAACUCAAGGCAGAGGCGAAGGCACGCGGCGAGAUUAUCAGCACAAAGCGGCAGCCGGAGGGCCCCAAGCCUGGUUUCAUGGUUGAAGGAGCCACGUUGGAGACUGUCACUCCAAUUCCCUAUGAUGUGGUCAAUGAUCUCAAGGGUGGCUAUUAAGGUGUUAUUUUGUCUCGAAUUUUUGCCUCCGCUUGCUUCUUAAUUUGUUUGAGCUUUUUGGUAGUCGUUGCAUGCUGUUUUGUUUUGAACGUUUUGAUACCUAAAAUAGAAAUUUCUCUGCUUCCGCGAUGGUUAGAGCUCAGCAGACUUGGGUA